AUGGCUAGUUACACCCAAGACCUUCCUCCGAAAAAUGGAUUCGAGAAAAUUCAAUGGCAGGCGCAAAAUCCGACGAGAUUAAUGCGAGGAUAUACACAGUUUGCCCUUUUUGCUGCAUUCACUCUUUGCGGAUGGGUUGGCUUUGCAUUUUGGAGGAAACGUCAAAGGAGAUACAAUCUGGAGAUGAUGGAUGCCAGAGUUGCAAUAGAGCCGUUUCUUUUAGCUGAAAAGGACAGAGCAAUUCUGAAGCAUUUGAGACGUUGUCGUGACGAAGAAAAUGAAGUGAUGAAGAAUGUACCUGGCUGGAAAACAGGGACACUGUGGGGAGAGCCAGUCUACUACAAUGUUAGAGACCGCUUCAUCAAACCAUCACACACUGAGCAAAUUGUGCAUCUGGAUCCAAAAUAUGUCAAUAAAGUUCAAUAUAACCAUUUGGUGCAGUAA